AUGCAGCUGGGCCCGCAGCUUUGGCGCGCUGUGCCGAGCGGCGUCGAUGGACUGGCGGCAGCAGUGCGCAAGACCCCGUGGCGGCUGAGCCGUGAUCAUCGCGAGGCUCUGCAGGAUCGGCUGAAGCUAUCGAAAGCGAAGCUGCUCGAGUCAUUGACGACGCAUCUUGGAGGCAGCUGCCCCGUGGCUGUGGGGCUCAUGCGCAGCGGCGACGUUCUCCUAGGUCCUGCUCUAGACCUGGCUCAGCAUCGCUUGAGCGCGACACAGGUUCUCGUUGCCAAUGCUCUUCUUUGUGGCGAUGCCUUUGAGGCCAUUGGCUGCCGCGAGCGUCCCAGAGGCGGUUCUGUGGACCUGCUAAGGCAGCUGGAGAACUUCCAAGAGGUGAAGUGGUUCGGUGGUGAAGAAGCUCCGGGCUCCUUCGAGGGCCUCUUUGCCCAGCGCUGUGCUGCAGAUGCGCGGCUCGUGGAUGUCAUUGGAGCAGGUAAAGCUCUGGUCGGGGACAGCAGUGCGACCGCAAGGUUGUUCCACCCUGUCGGGAGGGACUCGCGAUCUUGGCAGUCAAGUGGCACUACUACGUGUUGCGGUUCUUCGAGAACUUCCGAAAGCCCCAGCACACCUCCAGGUCACGGCUGA